AGAGCGCGCGGUAUACGUGUUCUGAUAGAUGGGUGAAGAACUGAAGCUGUUGAGUGCGUGGGUGAGCCCGUUCAGCCGGCGAGUCGAGAUAGCUCUUAAGCUCAAGGGGGUCGAGUAUGAGUAUUCGGAGGAGGACAUAUUCCACAACAAGAGCGCUUCGCUUCUCAAGUACAAUCCCGUGCACAAGAAGGUGCCCGUGCUCAUCCAUAACGGCAAACCCAUCGCAGAGUCUCAGGUGAUUCUCGAGUACAUCGACGAGACAUGGAAGGACAACCCAAUCUUGCCACGAGAUCCCUACGAGAGAGCGAUGGCCCGUUUCUGGGCUAAGGUCUUGGAUGAAAAAUGUCUGCCAGCUAUCUGGAAAUCUUGCAUGAGCUCGGGGCCCGAAAGGGAAAAGGCACAUGAGGAAGCACAUGAGCUCUUGAGCACUCUCGAAGGUGAGCUCAAGGGCAAGAAAUUCUUCGGAGGCGAGAACAUCGGUUUCCUCGACAUCGCGGCCGUCAUCCUCGGGUACUGGGUCGGAGUCCUCGAGGAAGCGGCCGGGGUCGACGUCGUGACCGAGGACAAGUUCCCCGCGCUGUGCAGGUGGGCCGAAGACCUUCGGAAUUGCCCGGUCGUCAAGGAGAAUCUGCCUCCAAAGGACAGGCUCUUGGCCUUCUUGAAGACUCAUUCCGAGAUGUUGAAUAGCCAUCAAAAAUGA